AUGCUGAUGAUGCUCAACUUCAAGCAGAGCGUGCGCGGAGCCAUUCGGCAGCCGCCGAACAUCAUAACUUGGAUUGUGACCCUCGAGCGGCUGCAGACCUGCGGGGCAGCCACUGAUCCGCAGGCCGUCGUGCAGGAGUGGAAUCAGCAAUGCCCGAAGGGCCAGCAGCUGAAAGGUGGCCAGGCCCAGGCAGUGCAACUCGUGCUCGAGAAGAUGCCGCGAGCUAUCCUGGCCAAGGUGAUCGAGCACGUCUACACGGUCUCGAUGGACAUGAUGGUCGACCGGAUGCUGUUUGACUGGGCGUCCCGUCCAGAACAGCUUCGUCGGAAAGUCUUGCGCAAGGAGAUGGAGGAGCAUGCAGAGAUGGCCGCGCUGGUUGCGUAUAUUUACAACAAGACCAUGCACACUACUCCGCUCAUGGCCACGGACCUUUUGGAUAACUUCUGCAAGCCGUUCGUGGAGGGCAGCGACCACCACUUGUCCCUCGAGCUAUCUACUAUCCUUGCUGAUAAACCUGCUGAGAUUCAGGUGGAGCACAUCUCGUGCAUCAAGGCCUUGAUCAUCAAGCACAAGGGCUCCCACCAGCAGCCAGGUUCCAGCACAGUGCAGCUCAUGCAAGACCUCGAGGCCGACAACUACGGGAUCCUGCAGGCUUCGAUUGAACACGACAUCAAGGCUGUGAUUCUCCACCGGGAGAAAGUUCGCACGUGGGGGUCCACGGCUUACUGGCAGAAGUUGGAGGACGGCCAGAAGCAGUGGACUGACCUUACUGAUGGGGUCAGGGUGUACAUGAAGCGGUACAUGAAGGUCGUAGUGGCUGACAACUCGGUCAACAUGCUGAAGGCGUUCAUGGAGUACAAGCGGACCAUCACCCAGAAGCCGCACCACCGCGUCAGCAUUGAGAGUGCGGCAGUCCUGGCCCACGUCAACUGGCUGGCCCCUGCUGGCAUCAGGUCUCUCCAGAAGAAGUGCCACGAGGCCUUGAUGAGCGCCCUGGCUUCAGAUUGCCCCCAGUCCCUCAUCCUCGCGAUGGCGCCGACACACUGCAACAACGCAUCUAAGUUGUGGAUCUCCCAGAGGGAUUCCCUGAACAGCUUGACAAAUGCUGGGCUCGAUAUUGACAUGGAGUUCUCCGUGCUCUUGAAAGACCGCGCGGACAAGCGCGAUGACCGGCCUGGCACCAUCAACGGCAGGGUAUGCCGUGCCAUUGGGAGCCCGAACCCUGCCCACAACGGGUUCUGGAAGACGUGCAAGCUCUUGGAUGAGAGGCGCACGGAACCAACCUCCCAGCUCUUGGUCUCUGAUAUGGUAUGCCAUGACGAAGGCGAUGGUUUCCUUCCAGCAGCAGACCACGGCGGCUCCACAACCCACAGCUCAGUUCGUGGCCGUGGCAAGUUCGAGCAGCUUGGCCCUGAUACCUGCGUGUCCAUCCUGGACGCCACGUUCGAUGGCCUGAAGGACGCUGCUGGUGUGGGCAUUACAUUCUUUGUGGACGUGAAUGUCUGUUGCGGGGACAUGGUGGUGGCAUGGAUCCGGAAGGCGUGCAACAUGCAGGUCCCCUUGUACUACUUCGGGACUGUGGCAGACGGGGCUGCUCUCGAGUGGGUAGAGGGGUACGCUGUCGAGUCCAUCGCGAAGAGCAUCAAGGGAGGGUCCCUGUCCAUGCCUGGUGUCAAGCUCAUUCAGGUUGACGAUGCAGCUAGCAGCACCCCCAAGCCACUCGCGCCCCAGCUCAAGUUGUUGGUGUGGGAUGAGGACAACCAGAAGGCGAAGAUUCCAGAGGAUUUCUGA